UGCUUGGGAGGAAUAAUCUGAAACUUAGGUACCAAUUAGAAAGAAUAAGCGCAUGAAGCAGCAGUGGCUGAAGGACAAGGACCUUGCAGGACGUGAAUUGUUGUCAACUGAAUUAUGCAUUUGCAAUGUAAAUGACAAGCACGGAGAGUUUCAGAAACGAUCAGAAAAAUUUCAAUUAAUAGGAUUCUAAAAACCAAUCAAAGCUAUUUUUAAUUUCUUAUAGGAAACUGAGACGUAAAGUAGGAAAGAAGGAUUUAUAUUUGCACAGCUUGUGCAAAAAAAGGGAGGUAUUAUUAUUUACCAAUAAAAGAGAAGUCAAACAUCAGAAACGGCAAGUAAUUGUCUGGGAUGAUAAAAGUAUUAGCUAUUUCUGACUGCUUCACUGAGGAAUGAUCACACUCCAGGACCAGAGUUGGCAGACUGUUAGUCCAAAUAACAGCAUGACCUUACUGUCACAUAGCUCCUCCUCUUCUGUUCCAUGUCUCACUCAUAUGGAGUGCAUUGAAAUAAUAGAAAGUGAGGCUGGAAAGGAUACUGAGGAUUGUGUAUUUUUUACUUAAAUACUGACAGUGAAAGAGAUUAUAAGUUUGAACAUGGAGAGUGCAGAGACUUCUGGCUUUCCUGUACCCCCCCCCAGUGCCUGGCACAUUGUGACUGAGUCUCUCCUGGGCUCCAAUGCUCAUAACAAUUGCGAGUAGAAGACAGAACAGGAAAUACUGUGUGAAAUGAAGAAAAGUGUAUACUAGAAGAAAGUUGGUGGCAGGAAGAUCAUCUAGGCAUUGGGGAGCUGCUCUGGGGAAGCAAAAGGCAUGCAUUUGGGAAGCUUAGAACAAUUAUAGGUAAAACAUGAGUCAUGCCUGUAGACAGUGAUCCUAGUCUUGACUGUUAAUUAUCUGCAUUUUGGUUUUUGAACCUUUUGUAUUUAAUAGGUGGGAUUAUGUGGUUUCGUAAUUAAAUGCUGAUAUGUUUUACAUAAAACUAUUGGAAUUGGAUUUUCUGUGCUUGGAAGUCUGUGUAAGAUGAGUUGUGCCUUUUUAUUUCAAUAUUACUAUUGCAGACUCUUCCUCUCCAAGAUCAUAGACAUUGUCUCCAGAAAGGUGGAGACAGUUGGUGACGUGCCCCUCUUGCCCUUUACCUAGACUCAAAAGAUAACAAUGCUUUCAAUUAAUUUACAGGGGUUUGGUAGCUCUAUUUAAAUGAAAAAGUUAUUGUUUCUGCUUAGUCCAGUUUAUUCUUCUGAUUCUCUUGCUUCUCAUUGUGUGCUGCUUCUCCCUAGUUAUGACUGCAGGACACAUACAGGAAUUUGCAUGCUUCACUGACUUUGACAAAGAGCUGGUUUGUCACUGGAAGGUGCCAGCACAAACUAACUGUUCCAAAGAAUUCCUGCUCUGCUACAGCAAGGACAUUUCUUCUGUGUCAAACGUGUGUGUUCCUGAGAAUGGAAAAGACACUUUAAGGUGCAUUUGCACAAUAUGUCCUGAUUAUUUUGUAUCAGGCCUCACAUAUGUUUUAGCUCUACAGUUCAAUGGGACUGAUAUAUGGAACUACAAUGUUACACCAGCCCUUGUUGUUAAGCCGAGGGCCCCCAAAAAUCUUGCCAUUGAGAAGGCUGAAAAUGGUAAUUUCAAUCUGAGCUGGGAGGAGAGCUACUCUCCUCCAUCCACACUCUCUGGACAGCCAGUCAUCUACGAACUGAAAUACUGGAGCAAGCAGCACCCGCUGGAGGUUUUUGUAAAAGCAAUUAACUACCAGGCAAAAAGCUUUGAGAUUACUGCAAGCUCCCUGAGGAGGGGCUGUGAUUACGUUGCAAGUCUCAGGUGUAACUACACAGACUACCCGGCCUACUGGAGUGAAUGGAGUGAAGAAGUUGAAUUUCACUAUGAUUAUCAAGUGACAGCUGAAGACAUUCUGCAGAUGGCUGUGCCCAUAUCCUGCAUACUGAUCAUGGCAGGAUCUGUCAUUUGCUACUUCUGUUUUACAAAAGUGAAGAAAGAAUGGUGGGAUGAAAUCCCAAAUCCAGCAAAGAGCCAUUUGGUUGUAAAAAAUGUCAAGUUUUCAGUUUUCUGCUACUUCGAUGAAAUUAAGUUCCCUUUCCAUGAUUUAAAGCAGAGUCAUAUGGAAAAGCAAAUAAGUUGCAAGAACUGUCUGGCUCAAAGUUUGUCAAGCCAAAACUUCAAGGGAAAAGAUAACAUCAGAAAUGUUGAGAAAUCUUGCAGCUGCCACAGCAAGUGUGGAGAGUGGUUGCCAAAAGGCAGCAGUGCAGUUUUAACCCCUGAUACAACUCCAUUUGAAGACAUUAUUGAAAUCUGUGAAUGUUUAACAGACAGUGAGACUGGGAGCCAGGAAGAGACUGGCAAUCAGAUCACCAUGUUUGAGCCUUGUGAGAGCAGCAUCAGUGCUUUCAGAGAGCACAAUGAGGCACUAGCUAACAUGUUUGAUGCACUCCUGGCAGAUGAAAAUAACAUGCAAGACAAUAAAGACCCAGACAUCCUCACAGGUGAGAGGAAAACCUUCAAGAAACUUGAGUUGGAAAAUCCACCACAGCGAAAUCCAAAAGAAAGCACAGCCCAGAGUCAGCGGCCAUGGGGUGUUUCUCAUACAGCCUCUCUUUUCACCAAAGCCUCUCAAGAUGACUACAAUUGUAGUACAUCCAGCAAGGAGUCAGAACUGUCGGAAGAAUCCUUUGAAUCUGGCUAUCAGAGCUCCAGCAUAAAUUCUGCUUCUCUGGAUGCAAGAGAUCUUCAACAAAUGGUUCAUCAAAACCUUUUUCUACACAGUUCAGAAAGUGAGCGGGACUCUUGUGUCCUGAUUCAGGAAUCUACAAAUAAACCAUUCUUUGGGACCAAAACAGACAGAAUAAACAACCCUGCAAACAAGAGUUUUGAUAGCCUUGUGUCUGCACCUGUGAGGUUGUGUGGUUCUGCAUAUAAGAGCUUUGACUCCCUUAUGUCUCCAUCUGUGGAGCCCUAUAGUUCUGCCUACAAGAGCUGUGACACCCUUUCGUCGCCAUCCCUGGAGCCCUGUGGCUCUGCCUACAGGAGCUUCAAUGCCCUCAUGUCCCAGUCCAUGGCCAACAGUAGCCUGACUCUGUGCUUUGAAAGUGCAUGUUCCUCACAGCCUCCAAGACAAUUGUCAGAGACACCAGAACGCAGCUGUAGAGAUCAAAUUGCUCAGCCCGCUGGCAGUGGGACAUGUCAUGUCAGCUGCACAUCUCCCUACACUGAGCUUGACUUUCCAAACACCUGUUCAGAGCAUACUGAUUUUCCAUCUUUCUCCACACAUGCAAAUGAAGGUGCUUCAGCUUUCCUAUCAGAGGAAGAAAUACAUAAGCAAGUAAUAUAUCAAAAUUUUCCAAAGAAAACCAAUAUAAUUUCUUGCCCUAUUGCACCUCAGCCAUCAGGUUAUCAGCCUUUUGAGAGUGCAGGUAGAUGUAAUGGUCCAUACUGUGACAAUGAGAUUAUCUCGUUACAGGAAUCCUUCAUUGGUCUGUGCAACAAUCUCAAAGAAGCACCUCCAGAUAUUGCAAUCUGUGAACUUGACCUGAGGACAAAGGACUGUGUGUGUUUGACUGUUCGGAGUCCUGGUUGCAGCGUUGUCCCAGGUUUAGCCUCUAGUGAGAAUGACACACAGACCAGUAAUGGCAGCCCUUGGAUCGAUAGCUCUAAUGAGCUGUCUGGUGAUAGCAAUGAUGAAAAUAUCAGCAGAGGGGAACAGCUGUUGCAUUUGUUAGAGUUGAACUGUCAAGAUUUAAACAGCAGAGAAAGAACUACACAGGGAACAAAACAGAACAGCUUUAACCCUACUGGCAAAGUAAUGCAAGAGAGUGGCAAUAACAAACUGAAUACUGACUGCCACUGCCACCCACACAACCACUUGAGGGAACUUGGAGAUGCAGGGGGAAAUGAAGAGAUGCUGAAGCAUGUAGAAGGGAAGGGGAGUGGCUCAGCAGCCGGCUUACCAGCAUCACUGGACAGCAUUAGGCUAAACUUAGGCAGAAAAACUGCAGGGCCCCUGGAGCUCCACAUCUCAGACAAGCUGUCGCUUCGUUGUCUUGUGAAUAACUCCAGUCCUUCUGAUUCUCACGCCAUUCACAGUGAGGACUCCAGACUGGCACUUGCAGUUAAAAAAAGACCAAUAGAACUGUUAAGGGAAAACAGCAGGAAGAAUGAGAAAAAACCGAAAUUUGCGCAAGCCCUUGCCCAGGAGGACAACUGCUAUAUGGAGGUAGCUUAGCCACAUUUGCCAAGACUGAGUGAGCCUUUGGAAAUAAACUGUAUGGCAAAUUGAAA